ACUCCUUCAACUUCAACCUCAAGCACACAUUUGCUGCAUGUAGCAAAAGAUGUCCUUGUAAACUGCUUGAUUAUGGAACUCGCUGUAAAGUUUGCUUUUUUGCUCGUAUUCCUUGUGAGCGUACAUAGGACAGCAUGUACUCAUUUUCGAGGCGGCUCAUUCACAUAUAAGCCCGUCAAUUCAAGUAACCCUGCAAGCACGAAGGUGAUCAUAACAUUCCGGAUGGGUUGGCGAAGAUCCUACUCUGGGAACACAUUCUGUGACCAAAAUACAAUAAACUCCGGUUGGCUGAUCGGCAUCAAUGGCGACUUAAUGUGCAGAUCCGGCUGCUAUGGCAGCGUCGGGAAUUUACGCUUCAAAUGCUCGGAUUUCAGUGUACAAGAGGACUGGACAACUGGCACUAACAGCUUUGAAUAUACGUUUCCCGUCACAUCAUCUCGCUACUAUAAAGUCAGCUAUUCAGGAUUUAACUGGAUUGCUCUCGUGCAUGCAUCAGGAGCUUCAUGGGAGAUUGGAAUGUACGUUAACCUUACUAAAAGAAGUGACACUGGACGUUUGAAUACGUCGCCAGUGGCGACAAUGACACCAAUUGUUCGUUUGAAAUACGGCUGUAACCAUUCUAUAGUUAUCCCAGUGACCGACGAUGACAAAGACGAGGUGCGGUGUCGUUGGGCGAAAAGUAACGCUGGAGAGUGUGGCGGAAUAUGUGGAGGAUACGGGUUACCAAAUGCAUACAUGUUUUACCGCGAAUGCAGAAUCACCUACAGUGCAACGGAAUACACAGGCUUUUACGCUGUUGCUGCCAUGAUCGAAGAUUUUGCCUCGCCAACAGACACACAGCCACUGAGUGGCAUUCCGUUGCAGUUUUUGGUGUACGUGUUCAAUUCAAACGAAACGUGUGAUGAACGCCCGGAGUUCACGGAAUACACGCGGUCCGAGGGAUCGUGUAUUGGAAUCCCUCCUGGAGGAACAUACUUCGAUCGUAUCAUCGUGCGAGCCGGUGGACCAUCAAAAAGAAUUGUGGAGGUCACUACCAACAGUCCUCAGGGAUUCAUCAAGUCUCCUGUGGCUCAGUAUGCACCACAGGAAUACUACGUUAAUGUCACGUGGACACCGAUGUCAUCAGAGAUAGAGACCAAACUGUUUUGUUUCACGGGAUUGGAGGAUUCCGGGGUAACAACUGAACAGAGAUGCGUCGAUCUGCUUGUUGGAGUUGCGCCUCCACAAUUUGCUAGUCUCUCACCACAAGGAGAAGUUCUUCCCGACACAAGUCAAUGGACCAUCGCUUUUGACAAACAGUUCGUGCGUCCUACACGAAGCAGCCACAUCCGGAUCCAUCGAUCUGACGGCACAGUUGUUUUCAGUGUUGACGUGGCCAUUACUGCCGGGGUGUUAUAUCCAGUUGGGAGUCUGGGGCGGACUAUUCAGUUCACGACGUCGCUGACCUUUACAGAGAAAGAGAGUUACUAUUUAACAAUGGAUCAUGGUGUGGCUAAAGGUGUUACCUACUGUGGUGCUGAGUCGCCUGCCAUCACAGAUCCUUACACCAUGAGGAUAAAGAUAAAGGAUAUCACCCCACCUGUUUUAACAUUCAUUAAUGCUCCAUCUCGUUCUGGAGGUGACUUUCAAAUCACUUGGACAGCAAACGAAAAUGUUACAGCUCAGUGCACAGUGCAAACUCCUUCCCUGCUCUUUGGUCAGCCAUGCAAUUGGUCGUGGACUGGAAGCAAUCUAACCGAGGGCUUCUACAGCAUUUAUGUUCAGUUAACAGAUUUGGCGGGAAACUCCGCACCGCCUGCCAGACACUCAUGGUUUGUAGACCGCACACCACCCAUCGUUAUCAUAACUUCAAAGCCCGCUACUGUUAGCAAUCAAAAUUCAUUUACGUUCAGCUUCAACUGUCGAGAAACCUGUUCGUUUGAAUGCUCUGUACGUCAACAUGGUAACAAUCCCACAUAUUCACAGUGCAACAGCAACAGAUACACGGCCAGCAAUCUGCAGAACGGAAAGACCUACGUUUUUUAUGUACGGGGAACGGAUGACGUCGGGAACCAGGGAAAUCCGACUAGUUAUAAGUGGAAAGUUGAUUUACAGCCACCGAUUAUCUCAAACAUAGCUUCUCAAACAGUGGAUUGCAAUUCAGAUCUCAGCUCAUCAACCCUCGGCAAACCUUCAGUCAACGACAGCGAAGGAUCGAACAUAACAUUAAGACACCAAGAUCUUCCUGGAAGUAGCUGCAGCUUUCAAAGAAAAUGGACCGCAACAGAUCAAGCAGGUAACAGUGCCUCCAAAAUACAGAAUAUCAAUCUCAUCAACCUCAGGCCACCGACAGUGACUUACCAAGGUAAUGUCACCAUUGCUUGCGGAAGCUUUGACGAACAACAGCAAGAUAUGCGGGAUGCCAUUAAUGUCACUCAUCCGUGCGAUCGGCCAAUCACGAUAACACACGUAGAUUCUGUUCCCACAAUUCUUUGCGCUAGGACCUUUAAGAGAACAUGGACGAUUACAGAUGACUGUGGGAAGCAAGUAUCUGUUAUCCAACAGAUUCGGAUCUUAGCUCUUCAGUUGCCAGACUAUCCCAAAAAUGGACAGGUUAAUGUGGCGCUGAGAGAAUCGCUCGAGUGGCCUCGGUAUCCAGGGUCUGCUAGUUACAACGUCUACCUCUGGCAAUACGGAUCUACAAAGCCUUCAUCACCAACUCACUGGACUUAUUAUCGAAGAUAUGCUCCCUCUUACCCAGGCUACCCCGCCGACACUAAGAUGCUGUGGAGAAUUGAAUACGUUCUGAGUUCAGGUGCUCUGGUACCCAGUCCCAUCUGGGGAUUCCAAACCAGGGCUUUUCCGGAUUUUAAAGUUGAGAAGGUCAUAGUACCUCCAAACGCUUUUUCUGGUCUGAAGUUUGAAGUGUCGUGGGUAGUUCGAAAUAUUGGUAAGGUGGGAAAUGCAUUUAAGACGUGGUAUGAUGCAGUGUACAUUGGAAAAAGUACUGACUUCCGUAACGCAAGGCGUGCAACAACUGUACGACGCAAGGAGAUUCUCUUUCAAAAUGAUGGUUAUACUGCAAGGGGAACAGUUCAACUUAGAGUUGACGAUUAUGGCGUGUUUUAUGUUUUCGUUCAAACGGAUAGGUACAACAGAAUAAGUGAUAUCAACCGUGCUAACGAUUUGCUGUUAGGUGACAGUCCGGUGCAGGUGGCGCUCACUCCCCCACCAAACCUGAAAGUUGUUAAAAUUGUGCUCCCAAGUCCAUCGCUUUCAGGUAAAGCCAUCAACAUAACAUGGACAGUGAAAAACGUUGGAGUGGGCGUAACUGCCCAUGGUGCAUGGUAUGAUAGAGUUUACCUGUCUAAGGAUGACAAAAGAGACUGGUCUGACUGGAUCCUUGGCACAUUUUACCAUCAUGGAACACUGUCUGUUGGUGCAAGCUAUAAGCGGAAACAGCUCAUUACUCUGCCCAACGCAAUCUAUGGCAAUUUUUCGAUUUUGAUAGUAACGGACGUUUACAAUCAUGUCUUUGAGCACAAUAAUGAGGGUGACAAUCUUAAAGUGCAGGCGAUGCGAAUACACUUAAACCCUCCCCCAGAUCUGGUUGUUACUUCCAUCACGACACUGGAAAAUUACUACACAGGAGAUGUAAUGGAAGUUCAUUUUAACGUUUCGAACAAAGGCCUUGGGGAACCAUUUUACUACUGGUGGAGAGAUCGUGUGACUAUCACAAAUAUUGCAUCAUUAAGAAAUGAAGUUCUUGGAGUCACCCGAUUUUCAGGGCUGUUUCCGCCCUCCUCGUGGUACGUUAGAACUGUGAAUCAAUUCAUACCUUCUAGUUGGGAAACUGGGCAAUACAACAUCACUGUAUUCACGGAUUAUGAAGAUGACGUUUUUGAAUUCAUCUUUAACCAUAAUAACGAGAAAACUGUCCAGGUGAAUGUCACUCGCAGGCUACCCGACCUGACCGUUACGCAUGUCAACGCUUCUGUAACCGCUGACGACGUCCAAGCCUACUUGAAUGUCUCUUUUACGGUUGAAAACGUUGGAAAGGGAAUAACAACCGAGGCACCGUGGUUCGACUCACUCUACAUCUCGCCGCAUGCUCAUUUUUCGCAAAGCAAUACAAUAUGGUUGGGAGAUUUCCCUCACAGAGUCAACCUGGGAUCUGGUAAACAAUACAGCAUCGAUACAGGACCCAUACGCAUAAACAGGGAUCUUUUUGGUCAGCGGUUUAUAUUCGUUAAAACUAAUACGUAUGGUUCAGUCACAGAAAAUGACCUAAAGAGCAACAUCAGAUCCUCUGGAAAUGUGACAUUUCCACAAGUUCUGCCUAAUCUCGUUGUGGCAAACUUUACUUUGUUGUCCCGUAAGGAAGUCCUGUUGAGUGAUUCUGAAGUUUCGUUGAAAUGGACUGUUGAAAACAAUGGAACAGGAAGCACACUGAAGAAAUCCUGGCAAGACGCGGUUUACCUGUCAAAAUCUCCAACCGUACAAAAUAACUCAACAAAACUCGCUGACGCCUUCUUCAGACAAGCUAUAAGUCCUGGUCAAAGUUACACCAAGGUUUCAUUUACGAAGUUACCAUCUGAUAUAUCUGGAACUUAUUAUUUUGUUUUGAAAGUCAAUGAAGACGGCUCAAUAGUUGAAAAAGGUUCGCAGAUGAACAACUUAGCUUGGAUUCGUGCAGAAAUUUUACCUAAACCACUGCCAGACUUAGCCGUUGUAGAUACAUCUUUUGUUUUUGAAGAAAAGCGUCGUUUCCUGACGGUGUAUUGGUCAGUGGCAAACUUUGGAAGCUCGAUGCGCGAGCCUUUGACUUGGGUGGACAGCGUUACAAUCUCUUCCUCAAAAGGCGUCAUCGAUGGCAAAGAUGCUCGUGUUAUGGCGUCUGAAACCGUUACUGCUAAACUAGAUGAACAGCAAGAGUACCAGCUUUCCGCUGCUCUACAGAUUAGCGACAAUAUAAUAGGAAAGUUUUACCUACAUGUGGUCACAAACUCCAAGAAGACCCUCUCUGAAGUCUCUGGAACCUCAAAUAAUAUCGGUGUUUCAAGGAACCCUCUCAAUCUUCCGCCUCCCCCGGCUCCCAGAUUAAUCUUGACUAUUAUUUCAAGUUUACCGUCUCAGAUCACACUUGGAGUUCCUUUCUCCAUCAAGUUUCAGGUAAAGAACGUGGGAGUUGCUGCAACGAAGAAAACAUCAUGGACAGAUGCGCUUUACGCUUAUGACAGAAAGGAUGCAAAUCGAACAGAGAUCAUAGAGAAAGGAACGAAAUUAAAGGAUAUUCCCCACAUAGGAGCCUUGAAAGCUAAAUCGUUUUAUGAAAAAACUAUCAACGUUUCAAUUCCACAUGGAUUUCGUUCAUCGGCUUUCAUUCAUGGCUUUGCUGACAUCCACAGUCCUUUUACACCGUGGCCAGACACUGUUGAACCUAUCAAUAAUACGCAACCUAACGUUACACAUCCUAAUGUCACCCAGCCUAAUGUCACGCUACCAACGGUGACACCAACUGUUCUGACGCCCAUAGUUAUAACAGAAGGAUUGUUACCAGAUCUGCAAGGCUCACUGGGAGACUCAAAGGUGCAAACGCGUGGCGGUCAGCCAUUAAAUGUCACUUUCAACGUCACAAACACCGGGGAAUCACCUGUAUGGGGUGCGUGGUAUAAUGCGCUGUAUCUCAGCCAGGACGUGCUGAUCGACCCAUUUGAUCGGAAACUUGCCACUGUUAGAGCAACCAAUCUCGCCGUGAACGACACCGUGUCCUUAAGCGCUGAGGUCUUCAUUCCCUUUGACACUCUUGAUUUGGAUUACUACCUGUUACUGUCAGUGGACAGCAAAAGCGCCAUCUGGGAGAGUGAUGAACAGAACAACGAUGCUUACCGGCUGAUAAAAAUAAACAAGACAUUCAGUAGUGACUUGGCGGUACUGUCUGUUUCCUCGUCUGGUGGAGAAUUCUCUUAUGGCCAAGAUGUCACAGUAAACUGGAGGAUAAGGAACAAUGGAAGUCAACGCACCGAAGGAUAUAAAUGUGAUACUGUUUACUUAUCAGAAGACGAUAAAUGGCAGAUAGAAGACGUUAGAUUAGGCCAUCCAAUCUGUUCAUAUGUCAUCCUGGAACCCUACAAUAGAGGUUCAAACCGAGACACGUCAUACUCCACAACAAGUGGGCUGCCGCUGACAGCUCUGGGCGCAUAUCGCGGCCUCGUGAAAACCCGAAGUAACAUUCUAGAUCAAAACCUCCAAAAUAACAUUGCUGUUGGGUCAAAAAAUAUAAAUGUUACUUUUCCAAUUCUUCCUCUCGACGGCUGCGUGGAUGUCACUUUAAAGCCAGACGAACAAUCUUCUUUUCUCAUAGACAAUGUCCCAGAUAAAAAGACUCUCAUUGUUUCUAUAAAUAGCAGUAAUGAUGAUGCAUUCCAUGACCUCUACGUCAGACACUCUAAACCGGCAAAUGCUUACCAAUAUGAUGGUGGAUCAAGGCUUGCCCUGUCAGCCGACCAAGAGGUGGUCAUUCCCGAAACAAUCUUUGGAAAAUACUACGUUCUGAUGACCCGCCGACAAGAUACGUCCGUCUCUGGGCCAAUUACCAAGCCAUCACGAUUGUGUUCGCACAUUGCAAAAUUUGAAAUCACUCGGGUAUUCCCAAAUCAAGUGGCUCCAAUGGGAAACGCCACGUUGCGCUUAGAGGGAGCCUUGUUUGGACAAAAUCUGGAAGCUUUUCUCGUAAAUCCAUCGUCUGAAGAUAACUUUGUCGAAGCAGUAAAGGUGUAUCGAAUGAGCUCAAUUGAAGUAUAUGCGACCUUCAUCACAGGAAACCUAACCAUUGGUACCACAUUCCAUGUGAAACUUGUCAACAUUGAGUCAAAAGAAGAAGCCACAUUGCCUGGUUCUUUGGUCAUAACAAGUGGCGAAGCUGGACGAUUAGAAACGUAUGCAGAUUUUCCAGAAGCUCUGCUUGUGGAUUCAUCAGGCGUGAUAACGGUCACCUAUGAAAAUGUUGGAGACACUGACAUUGUUAGCCCUGUGUUGGCUGUUCGUGUUAUCGGUGGCCAAGCUCAACUCCGCCCUGUUCAAAAAGCGUUAUCAUCCGGCCAGUUCUCUUCCACUGUGGUGUUUUUAGCCCAACCCUUUCAAGGUCCAGGCGGUAUUUUGCCUCCAAAGGCUCAUGGGGAAAUGGUAUUUGAUUUCGAGUCUCGUGCAGGCGGUGUGACACAAAGCACAUUCAGUCUUCAAAGGUUAGAUGAAAACGACAAGCCUCAUCCUUAUCUGAACAGCAGUGAAGAUCUGAAACCAGAGUUUCUAAGCAGCGAACUGUGGGCUCCAGUUUGGGAGAAUUUUCUAAUUGCUGUUGGGAAGACAGCCGCUUCAUUCCAACACAGGAUGUCAGCGGUCAGUACCUUACUCAGCAAGUCUGGAAGAAGAGUCAACUUGGUGGAUGAUCUUAUUCAGUUCCAACUUGAUAUUGCAAACGGAAAACUGACGGGCGAUCCGUUGUUAACCGAAGAUGACAUAACGGGUCAGACCGCUAUAGAUUUGGCCUUGCCUUUGUUGCUACAAAGAAUCUACAGUCCGCUGAUAUCAAAACGAAGACAAAAGGGCGCUUUUGGUGCUGGUUGGAUUGCCCCUUGGUGGGAGGCUGCGAUCACACAAAUUACACCUGAAACUAUUAAAAUUGUGCAAUUACGCGAAGAGCUGGUGUUUAAAGUUGUCACAGCUGGGCUUUACAGGUCGUUUGAUGGAAAGGAGAUCACUAUCAACAACACAGACGUUCGCUUCACCGACUCCAGCACCUCAACUGUGUUCAUCUUUGAUUCUGUCAUGAAUCACCUGAAGGAGAUUCAGAGAGUUAAUGAGACGAUCACCGUCGAAUAUUCACAAAACAGAUCCUCGACUUUCACUCAUUCGUCCGGAGGAAAAAUCUCUGUGAAAUACAACGACAAAGGAUUUGUACGAGAGGCUGAAUAUGAAGAUGGAUCGAAUAAAAAACAGAGAUGUUUCUACACAUACAGUUGGGAUACCGGGUCUCUUUUGUCGGUCACAGUUGGUGAACAAAUCACUCGUUACACGUACAACGUCCACGGCGAUCUUACAGGUAUUGUUUACCCUACUUCAUCCACUGUCAAGUACUCGUGGAACCAGUAUGGACUCCUGAGUAACAUAACAGGUUUUAGCAAGAAAAACAAGCUCAUCUAUGGAACACAUUUCUCGUACGACUGGAAUGGAAAGGUGAUCAUGACCAGACUUCCACAAGGAGACUCAGCUGAGCUUUUGUUUAACGAGAAAGCAAAGAUGAUGGACAUACAGGGUGCUGGCCUUGGCGAUGUACGUUUUGAAAGUGUCAGAAAUGAUGACGAGGUUGUUAAAACUGUGAAGCAAGGAGACCAGAUUGUGUUGACAAGGAAGUACAACGUGAAGACAAAUAUAAUGACAGUUAUUGACGGAAACGGCCAUGAUACAGAAUUCCUCCUGCGGCAAAACGGGGACGUCUUGAACACGACGGAUCCAGGAGGUCUCGUUUAUCAGAAUAUUUACGAUAAAAAGGACAACUUGAUCAAAUUCAUAUACCCGGAUGGUAAAACCGAACUAUCAGACUAUGACGAUAGAGGGAGACUGGUGAAGUUUACUGGUAGAGCUGGAAAGGAAGUCAAGUUUGAAUACGAUGAAAAUAACCAACUUGUUAAAAAAGAUGUCGAUGAUCUUAGCUCUUCGUAUUUCUUACAUGAUAGCGAUGGUAAUAUCGUCCAAGCGAUUAAUGGUAUCGGUACAAUCAAUAUUGCCUAUGACGGUGAAAACAGACCAACCAGUGUCACUUAUCCAAACCGUCAGAUUAUCAUUUACAAAUACAAUGAAUUCCAACGUCGCGUGGGGCUAAAAGUCUCCGGGUUAAACCUGGUUUACAAGUAUGACCAGCUUAACCGGUUAUCGGAAGUAGUGCGCGUAGACUCGGGUACGGCCGACGUUUUGCUGAAAUUGGAAUACAACUCCCAAGGGAUGUUAUCUAAACGUGUCCUUGGAAACGGAGCUUCUUCCGAGUACGUGUUAGAUCCAGUUAACUCCAAACUGUCGCGUGUGGUAAAUUACUUUCCAAAUGGCAGCAUUUCUUCGUACUUUGAGUACAAUUAUGACAAGCAAGGACGAAUCAUUCAGGAAAACACAACAUCAGGAAUCUGGCAUUACAAAUACGAUGCAGCAUCGCAGCUCAUAGAGGCAAAAUAUCCACACGGUAAAACUGUUCGUUACACCUACGAUAAACGAAAAAAUCGAGUGCAGGUUUCAGAAGAGCCUGGUAACAAGACUUUAUAUUUUGUCAAUGAAGUUAACCAGUACACUUCGGCGGGAAAUUAUGAAAUCAAGUAUGACGCUGAUGGAAAUAUGGUAGAAAAGACAAACAGAGAUCUACGGAAAGACAGCGUCAAAUUCAAGUUUAGCACUGAAAAUAAAUUGCUACAAGCUGAAACCCCAAACAGAAGGUGUAACUAUGUGUAUGACGGCUUUGGAAACUUGUACAAGAAAACGUGCGGUCAAAAUGAAGUGCAAUACCUAAUUGAUCCUUUUGGGAAUCCAGGAGCUGAUAUUGUUGGCCAGAUUACCGGUGUAAAUGUGACAUAUUUUAUUCACUGCCAAGAUCUUGGAUUAGUUGCUUUGAUGGACACGAAUGGAGAUUUAUAUUAUUACGAGUUCGACGCGCAGGGGUCUGUCGUAGGAGUACUGGGUCCCAAAGGUGAUCUAGUUAAUCGGUACAGUUAUGACCCGUAUGGUAGGAUAUUAGCAGCCUCUGAAGAGUUGCCCCAGGACUUCAAGUUCAUUGGUCAAUGGGGAGUGACCGCUGAUCGCGAACUAAGAAAUGUCUACUGGAUGCGGUUCAGGCACUAUGAUGCACAGCUCGGACGAUUUCUUAGCUUCGACCCACUUGGUUUUUCAGGAAAAAGUAUUAAUCUAUACUCGUACGCAGCCAACAAUCCUAUAAUGCUGAAAGAUCCUAGAGGAAAAUUUUUUCCCUUUGCCAUUAUAGCCAGUGGAGCCGUGGGGGCGAUUGUUGGUGCAACGUCAAAUGUUGCUGCUUAUUAUGCUUCUCAGAAGAUGCUAGGGCAGGAGGUAACUCUUGGAGGGGUCGUAUCAAGUGCCUUAGGAGGGCUCGUCUCUGGAUACGUUAAAAAAGGAAAAGUCGCAGUUGGGUUUGCUAUUGGCUUUGGAAGCUCAGCACUUCAGCAAGGAAUUGAUAAUGGUGUCGGGAAUGUAAAUUGGCGACAGGCGCUAGAGGGCGGUGUAAGUAGUGCGAUCGCGUCGGCCCUACCACCCCUCAAGAGAAAAAAAUGGAGAACAGGGAAUGCCCCAGUGGACGAUUACCUAGACGAGAUAUUAGAUAAGACUGCCAAGAAUCUGAUUAUUCCACCACUGGGAAAAGACAUUGUCGUUAAGAUAAUCAUCUGGGUUCAGUCCUGGGAUCCGAAUGACAUGAUUGGUCCUCCCGGAUAUGGAGACGCUCGCUUUAUUUCAUUAAAGACUCCUCUGAACUACAAGAUCAGGUUUGAGAAUGAUGCAAAUGCUACCGCGCCUGCGCAGAACGUGAUUAUCCUGCACACUUUGGAUCAAGACCUGGACAUUCGCACAUUUAGAAUUACAGGGUUUGGGUUUGGCAACUUUACUAAAAGGCUAAGCAAGUCGGUAGCCUCCAUUCAGGAAACAAUCAAUUUUGUAUCAGAGAAAAACCUUUAUGUAAGAGUAGUGGCUGGCAUAAAUGUACUUACCCGUGAGGCACACUGGGAGUUUCAAAGCCUUGAUCCUCUCACAGGUGAGACUCCGGAUGAUCCUCUAACUGGUUUCCUUCCACCAAACAAUGGUACCACUGGACAAGGAUAUGUGAGUUUUACGGUUCGCUUAAAGAAGAACGCGCAAUCUUUAGCAAGGAUUGAUGCAAAGGCAAGCAUCUAUUUCGACAAGAACGAACCGAUUGACACCCCUCCGAUAUUUAACACGAUUGACAGUUCCAUGCCCUCAUCUAAUAUAUCUGUGAUAAAUGAAGCCAUGGAGGUUGGAAAGUUGGCCCUGGAAAUUGAUACACUGGACGAGGAAUCUGGGGUGAAGUCUGUUGACGUGUUUUAUCAAAUCUCAGCCAGUAAUGUUCUGCCCCAGAACCGACUGAUACUUCCCUUGGUGUCCGAUGUCGUUGAUAACACAGUGUUUUUAUCCCUCCCCCCUGGGAACACCUACUCACUUUUGGCUUUAGCUGUUGAUCACGUGGGUAACAGACAACUGAUGGAGUGGAAUCGUGCAAUCGCAGUGGACUUCUCAUUGCCGACACCAUCGUGUGAACGGCUAAACAACUGCUCCGGCCGCGGAAACUGUACUGUUUUGAAUUUCUGUGUUUGUGAAAGUGGAUCUUAUGGCCUUAACUGCUCACGUGAUUUUCCUCUACGAUUUGAGCCCCCGAUAAUCAAUGCUAUGUACAGUGACACAAUUGAGGACGUGCCCGCUCAGUUAUAUCUCUCCGCUUUUGUUCCGGAUUUUGGCAUUAGCAGCUACACUAAAAAUUUCACCCUGAAACUCAUAAUCCAUGAAAUUUCCGAAGGAAUCGCUUUUAGUAAAGGAAACAGGAGCGGCGAUCGUAUUGUGUUAGAGCCUGCAGAUUUUGGCGAUAUAUGGAUGAUACCCCAGAAAGAUUUCUCAGGACUCGCGAGGUUUAACAUUACGGCAAUAGUCUCCACCCCAAUAGAAACUAAAGCGGUCUCUAGACAUAUUGAAAUAAACAUCACAGCCGUUGCAGAUGUUCCAUUUCUUAAUGUCAGUGUGCCGUGUCACCAUUGGAACAGCAGUGAAAAGCUUAUUCCAGUGUUCCUAGAAGCCCAUCUGAAUGACCAAGAUGGAUCAGAAAAUCUAGCAAUCGUCUUUUCGGGUUUACCGACGGGCUAUCGAUUGGUUCACGUGAAUGGCACGAGCUUGGUGAACAGAAGUAAUACAAGAGCCCCUCCAGACGCGUCCCGUUUGUUUAUUUCAAUAAACGAGACUUUAAAACCAUUCGUGCUAAGAGUAAUUGCCACGGCAGAGGAAAGAUUCAAUGGAGACCAAGCAAACCAAACAGCUGAUGUUAAUGUUACAUUCUGUGUGACUUGUGAGGCAGUGAACAACUGUUCCAAGCAUGGAAGUUGUAUAGAAGUAAAUACCUGUGAUUGUGAUAGUGGAUUCAAAGGAUCUCUUGAUUGCUCAACGGUUUCCUGUGAAGAAGUAAAUAGUUGCUCCGGAAGAGGAAACUGUACCGGCCCUAAUGUUUGUACCUGUGAAGAUGGAUACAAAAGUGUCGGGUGCUCACAAGCAACCUGUGAACUUCGAGAUCACUGUUCUUAUCGUGGUGACUGUAUCGGACCUAAUGUUUGUUCAUGCUACGUCGGUUCCCAAGGAUUGAACUGCUCUGGAGUGAACUGUAAAUUAGUGAACAACUGUUCAAAUCAUGGCACCUGCACUGGACCCAACCAAUGCACCUGUGAAGAGACCCGCCAGUCACCUGAUUGUUCAGUAGGUGAGAAAAUAGAUCCGAGAAAAAUAAGUAUGCCCUGCUUCGCGUUGACUCCAGGAAACAUCUACCAGAAUUUAUUGUUAUCAUUACCAUCACUGUUUUCGUUAUUUUCAUUGUCUUUUUGUCAAUGGAGUGAUGGUUAAAAAUAUUGUUAUCUUGAAAGUUGUCUUUACAUUAUUUUUAUCGUCUUCGCUAUUGUUAUUAUUAUAUAUUUCACAUUUUCACGCUAAAUUUUCGUCUUUUUAUCGUCCUUAUAAUCAUUACCAUCGUUAUUACAUAAUUUUUGUGGUGAGAUGUCAUCAUGGUUAAGAUUCUCUCUAAAAUUGAUUUCACUACCUCAAAAUUUCAACCGUCUACGUUCGUCUCCAACAUUUGAUCGCUCAAUUUUAAGUUAACAAACCUUUUUGCAGGCAACUAGUUAUACUAAUCUACUUUCUUUAGUCUAUUUAGAUCUACGUUCUCAAGUGCUAAUUGAUGCUUUACUCUUUCAAGUUGGUAUCACCAACAUUCCGAAACAUUUGUGGCAUAACAUCAAUGCCUUGGAUCUAACGUAUAUUCUACAUACUUUAGAUCUGUGGCAUAACACCUGGAGUACUGUGGUACAGCAUUCAUACCUCAGAUAUUCUGAUAAAACAAUUUUCUCUUUGAUCUGUGAUUUUAACACUCGUAUCUCGGAUUUGUGAUAGAAAAACCCUUAUCUCAAAUCUGUGAUAUGAAAUCCAAAUCUCAGACCCAAGAUAUAUCAGCCAUAUCGCAAAUCUGUGGUAUCGUACUCACAUUAUCUCAGAUUUGUGUUAUAAAAAGUAUCUCAGAUCUGUGAUAUAAGUUCCUAUUUCAGAUCUAAAAUAUGAAAUCCAUAUCUUAGAGAAGAAAUAUCACACUCUAAUGACAAGUCUGUCGCUUGAAGUCCAUAUCUCAGAGAUGCCAAAUGAAUGGCGAUAUCUUAGCCGUAUCGUAUACCACUCAUGCACUUUUCCUUUUAUGCUUAUUGUUUUAUCUUGUCAAAUAAAAUGAAAGCGACUAACUGUAUUUGAUACUUUCAAGAGCAGGGUAGAGCAGCAGAGCUGGUCAGCAGUUGUUGUAGUAACUCAACGAGAUGGUGAUAUAAUCACACGAAAGAACGUUAAGAGUUCAUUACUGUCUCAUGUCCACUGAAUGUUGCAUAAAGAGCGAAGGGGGACGAUGCAAGUUCUUACAAAAUUAAUAAUAAUAUUUAAUAAUAUUUAUUAAUUUAUAGUAGGCAAAUAUCAAUUUACCAUUUCAAGGUCAGAUGCUCUUUACAAUCAAUAUAGGUAUAUGUAGAACUCGCUAAUUACAGCAAUAUAAACUGAACUGGUCAAAAUCAUACACCAUAAUAAUAUUACUAGUAACAAUAUUGAGUAGUAUUGAUAAAUAGAGAAUAAUACAUAGGCGCGUGUAGAUACGGAAUUUCUCUCUGAGUUUUUAACUCGAUAGCUCACGAGUGAGCGCAGCGAACAAGUGAGAUGUCGCGUUGAACAAGAGAAGAGAAAUUUAACCUUUCUCUUUCUCCUUUUCCUUCCCCAAAUCCCAUUCGUGACGCCGUGCGAGCUACAUCAUUUCUCAGUGGCUCGUCUCGCUCCACCCAUAAAUAUAACUCAAGACGCACCGGUAGCAUACUAGACAAAAAGAUAAGAAAAGAAAUGGCAACGUCAUUCAUUUCGGUCUUCGAUAAUUGUCGUUUUGUUUUUUACGAUUUCUGUUUGAAGUCGUAAAGUUUGUUCUUCAUUAUUGUCUUCUGUGCUUUUGGUUCACAUGUUUUUCAGAUAUUCACGCUUCGACCAUCGAUAUAUGACGAUCAGUAUGCUUCCACCUUUCAAGCAUGAUUAUCUCCAAUUGCUACGGGUAGACGGUCAGGUGAUCUCACGGCAAUGGAAACCUGUUCUCAGUUUGAUGCUAUCUCCAAAAUGGUGUACACGUCCCCAGUCCCCAACUGGGAAAACUUUGACACAUGCAAAAUUUAGUUUGCCGGAAGGACCAAAGUUCACAGUCGUCGAGGAAUCUUAGCAGAAGUGAGGAUCAGCUGUCGCCUAUAAGUGCAUGAAUGUCUUUUCUUUCCCCAAAAGUGAAGAACUGUCUUGUCUCCGUUGGAAACUCUCUUCUAAAAUCGAUGCCGUUCAUUCAAGGGUCCCAUUUUUGGAGAAUUACCACUGACCAGCUGCAUCGUUAUUAUACAUAUCAGCCUUGUUAUAAUAUUUAUAAACCUUAAGUUUCAGACAUGUUUGUAAUAAAUCUAUAUUUUACUAUUUACUAUUGA